CACGCACACGCACACCUCUUGCAGCAGUAAUAUGCAUCACACCUUUCUUCCCUCCCGUAUGGAACGGUCAGGGGAAUUAGCCGCCCCGUGCGCGCGCGUGUUAAGCCAGGGGUUUCCGGGAGCGCGCGCGGAUUGUCCACCAUCUCAGCCCCUCGCCAGGCUGUGCACCUCGCGCGUCUUAUCAUCCAUCUCCAUAGCGAAGAACUGAUCCUCCACGAGCACUGUUGACUGCCAGGUCAUCCCACCCUCUGGAUACUCAACUCCUGUUUCUCUUUUCGUGUACUAACAGAGGGAUGAAACGGAAAAGAGCGUAUACCUGUCACCACAGAAAUGAGUGAGUCGUCGUCAGUUCACUCGUUGAAGCUUGUUUCGUUGGCCCGAUCACUGUCCGGGCUUGGGCUCGACGCCGCCAAUGGAGGCCCCAUCAACCCCCCCGACAAUGACGAGCCUCCUCUUCCGGAGUCCGGCAUUGAACUAGGCCCUGGGCUUUUUUUUGCUGAUGGCAAGAGAAAAGUGGACUAUGUCCUUUGCUACAAAUACAAAAAAAGGCGAGCAUCCAAGCCACGCCUCUCCAUUACAUCCAAUGGGAGUAUUCCAAUACCGAUACCGGGCAACUGGGAAACGGAGCCGGAGUCCGGGGAGGCAGGUGCACCUGCAGGAGAUGUUGAGGAACCAAAGCUGUCUGACGCGGAGAAGGCCGUGAUGAGGGAGGAGUUUGAGGCAGGACUGCUUGAAGCUGGACUACAGAUAGAGCGUGAUAAAGAGAGGUCAAACGGCAUAGGGUUUAUUCGGCUCCACAUCCCAUGGCCAAUACUCAGCCGAGAAGCAGAACUUCAGAAGAUCAAAGUUGCUGUGAAAAAGAAGUGUGAGUUGCGGAAACGGACGGGCAUCGCUGGGGUAUGGGAUUCCAUCAUGACCAAGGUCAACACGCCGUUUCAGCCGGAUGUCCCCGACUUUGACAUCCACAAAGACUCACAGACACGCACCCAUUUCAAAACCCUCAAACACCCUUUUAUCAGAGACAAGCUCCACCUGUAUGACAUCAAGUCAACAGAAACCGUAUUUGAUAAUGCAACACGCAGCAGAAUAGUGGCUGAGAUUAUCUCACGCACUACCUGCACACAAACUUGCCAAACCACUGGCAUCAGCUCAUUAUUGGCUCGGGGUGUCUACGACUCUGCCUUCCCUCUGCAUGAUGGGUCAUUCACAAGGAGAGGUCAAAAAGAUCAGCGAAAUGACAGACAGCUCCUGCAUGAAGAAUGGGCUAACUAUGGAGUCAUGCAUAAAUACCAGCCUGUGGACCUGAUCAGGAAAUACUUUGGAGAGCAGAUUGGGUUGUAUUUUGCCUGGCUGGGUGUUUAUACUCAGCUCCUCAUCCCUCCCUCUGUACUGGGCAUCAUUGUCUUCCUGUAUGGCAUAUUCACUGUGGAUGCCAAUGUGCCAAGUCAGGAGACAUGUGAUGACAACCUGAACAUCACCAUGUGUCCGCUGUGUGACGGAGUGUGUGACUAUUGGCGUCUGAGUUCGGUGUGCUCACUGGCCCGAACCUCGUACCUGUUUGACAACGGAGCUACUGUCCUGUUUGCUAUUUUCAUGUCUCUGUGGGCUGCCUGUUUCCUUGAGCACUGGAAGAGGCGACAGAUGUGUCUGAAACACACAUGGGACCUGACGAGCUUGGAGGAUGAGGAAGAGGAGCUGAGGCCUGAAUAUGAAGAGGCUCUACAGGAGAAAAAAGCAAAGAUGAAAGCACAGUCUAAGAAGAAGUUGACUCAGUCUGGAGAUGGUGCAGAUGGAGAAACAGACCAGAUGCUAACGUCCCAGCAAGAGCCAGAGUCUCUGGAUAUUGAGGAUCACCUGUCAGGUUACCUCAUCAAUGUGUCCACCUUACUACUACUGAUCUUCGUGACCUUCUCGGCAGUGUUCGGCGUGGCAGUUUACCGCAUCUGCAUGUUAAGUGUGUGGUCCAUGAACCCCGAUCCCGAAGCCAAGGCCAGCGUGAGGAUGACCGUCACAACCACGGGCAUCAUCCUCAACAUGCUGGUCGUUCUGGUGCUGGAGGAGGUUUACGGAGCAAUCGCCGUGUGGCUGACUGAGCUGGAACUCCCUAAGACAAAGGAAGAGUUUGAAGAGAGGCUGAUCUUCAAGUCUUUCUUUCUCAAAUCUAUGAACGCCUUUGCACCCAUUUUCUAUGUGGCCUUCUUCAAGGGCAGGUUUGCUGGGCGGCCUGGCGAUUAUGUUUACGUCUUUGGAGACUAUCGCAUGGAGGAAUGUGCUCCUCCAGGCUGCCUCAUCGAACUUUGCAUCCAGCUCAGUAUGAUCAUGCUCGGGAAACAGCUCAUCCAGAACAAUGUGUUUGAGAUUCUCAUACCUAAGCUGAAAAAGAUGUACAGAACUAUACAGGAACAAAAAGGAAAGAAAAGAGCAGCAGAAGACGAGGAGAAUGAAACAGAAGAGAGGAGACCAAAACAGCAAUUUGACAAAGAUUUCACCCUUGAGCCCUUUGAAGGCGUCACCCCAGAGUACAUGGAAAUGAUUAUCCAGUACGGGUUUGUGUCUCUGUUCGUGGCCUCAUUCCCGCUGGCACCAGCGUUCGCUCUGCUCAACAACGUCAUUGAGAUUCGCCUGGAUGCAGCAAAAUUUGUCACUGAAAUCCGGCGGCCCGAUGCUGUGAGGUGUAAAGACAUAGGGAUUUGGUACAACAUUCUCUGUGGAAUCAGCAAGUUCUCUGUAAUUACCAAUGCAUUUGUCAUCUCCUUUACGUCUGAGUUUGUUCCACGAAUGGUUUACCAGUACAUGUACAGUGUAAAUGGCACCAUGAAUGGCUACACAGAGCACUCGCUGUCCUACUUUAAUGUCAGCAACUUCCCACUGGGCACUGCACCCACCUCCACGCUCAUCACCGGAGUCUCCAUGUGCAGGUACAAGGAUUAUAGAGACCCACCGUGGGCUCCAGAUGCCUACACCUUCUCUAAACAGUACUGGUCUGUCCUGGCAGCAAAACUGGCUUUUGUAAUAUUCUUCCAGAAUCUUGCCAUGUUCCUCAGCAUGCUGGUUGCAUGGAUGAUCCCAGACGUACCACGGUCUCUGCGAGAACAGCUGAAGAAAGAGAACAUGAUGCUGAUGGAGUUUCUGCUGAAUCAGGACCAGGAAGCACGUGCCAAAUCUCGUCCCCCGAAACGCACCACCCCCUGCUUCCCUGCCAGCAUAGACAUUGUGGUGGAGGCGCCACCAGAGGAGCAGCAAGUGGAGGAGGAGGAGAAAGAAGAAGAAGAAGAAGGAGAAGAAGUAGUGGUUGAGGUCAAUUUUGAUGAACCGAGAGCAACCGGCGACAGUGAUCCAGAGGUCGGGAAGACGUUGGAAGAAGUCGAAGGAAAUGGAGAGAUGCAGCGAGAUGGCGAAGGAGAAGAUGAGAGUGGAGAGGUAGAAGGGGGAGAGAAGGAAAUUGAUGGAGAAAUAAACGAAGGGGGUGGAAAAGGGGUUAAUGAGCAAGAGGGAGGAAAAGAAAAUGUGGAUGGAGGACAAAAGAAGGAGAAAGAAAAUGAAGUGAAGGCAGAUGAGAACAAUUUUGAUGUUGAUCUGGACUCCUUCAUGAGCGAGCUGGGCCUGUUAGACGAGGAACCCUCGUUGAGCACUGCUGGGGUUACAGAGCUUCCCCGCUCAAGCUCCAAACAGGAAUACCAGAAAGAACAGCAGCCUCCGUCUCAUCCGUCGUCUAAGAGAGGCUCAACCCAGAGUCUGAAGGGCUCCAGAGCAGAAAUUACAACAUCAGAUAUUGACACUAGGCUCUUCUCGCUAAUUGCUCCUCCACCCAGAGAGCCAGUCUCAAGGGCAAAGGCCCGUUGCUCCACCCUGCCUUCCCGCCACAGAGGGGCCGAGGCUUGUUACAGCUUGCCUCGGCCCAGUCACUCCACCAGCCUCACAAGGUUCCAGCAGGCAGCCACGCUCACUCCCCUGAUUCCCCUGGGGUCGUCGUUAUCAACCUCGUCUAGCCCGUUCUCCUCCCCCCACACACCGAUGUCACCUUCGUCUCCACAUCCCGUGCAGGACGGGACCCCAGCAGUCAACCCCGAGCCCCUGCAGCCCAAAGCCCCCAGUGAACUGUUUGCGCUGAAAGGCCCCCCGCCCCAACAGCCGCGCUCCAGGGACAAAGCCCGGUGCUCCACCCUGCCUCCGCGACAAAGAGCCCCCGGUCCUGAGGAGUGCUCCACCAAGCCUAGCCACUCCACCAGCUUUACAAAGCUGGGAGACCGCAUCCCUCCUUCCCCCAGCGAACUGAAGCGCAACACCCCGGUAUGAGAAGAGCUUGAGGGCUGAAGGGAAAGGGACAGAGGGUGGCAGAGGGAGGGGGGAGGGCUAUCCAGAUUAGCCUCUCCUGUCUGUGCCUGGAGCCUUACCUCUCCGUCUGUCCUCCCUAUCUACAUACAUAAUACCUGGGGUCUGAGGCAAGACCAUCCAGAUCAACUGAACCUCCUUUUCAUCCUCUUAAUCGUCACAGAGAUGUUUAUGCCGCUCGUGGGCUGAUCCAGAUGAGGGAAGGGCUGGACAAUUCAGAGAAAGACUGCUCUGAAACUCUCCUUGUCAUGUCCAAAACACGGGAACUCUUUAUAUUCUUUUUUUUUUUUUUUUGGUUGGUUUUUUGUCUGUUUUGUUUUUGCCCACAGCCACAGCUCAAUAGCCACUGCUCCUCUGUAAUUUUCAGUCCCACACAUGCAGCAGUGCUGCCUUGUAGACCAGAGGAAGAUGGAAAUGUAUACAGCACAGUUAGCAUCAACAGCUUGUAGAUCUACUGUUUAUUUUUAGAGGUUUUGAUAUAUAAAAAAUGUAAAAUUACAAUAAAAGAAGGACAUAUUUUUGAUAUCUGUUUUUCCUUCUGAACCCUGAAGGCCCCAUGUGGGGUGUGGCCUGUUGUGUUGCAUUUCAGUCUUGUUACCUUUGCCACAAGGACUUUGAUCAUUGACAGUAAAGGAGAAAAUGAAAGUUGUUGUGGGUGUAGGAGAGGUAAAGAUAUUCAUGUAUAAGAGGUGACAAGUAACAUCACAUAUCCAGAGAUACAGCUAUUCAGAGAUGACAAGCUGCAAAACAUAGCAGCAACAGCGACAACUUUCAUAACAUGUCACUAGUAAAUCCCUACCUGCCAGUAUCAACAUUGAGAGGCUCUAUUAUGUUGUCUCUGAUGCCCCCCUCUGGUGGUGAAACACUCUGUCUUAACAUGGAUGCUCAGUGGCGUGUUGGUAUUUGUUUUGAAAUCUGACAGUUUUGCGGCUCUCCUGCAAAGUCUCAAAAAUAAAUAAAUACAUAAAUA